AUGAGAAAGAUUGGCCAAAGGCGAGCUGUUGAUUAUACAAGUACUGUUGUCCGAUAUAUGCAGAUUCGUAUGUGGCAGCAGGGUUCGAGGGACAGAACAGUGUUACAACCUACCCCAGCAGCAGCCAUCGAUAUGUUGCCCACAGUUGCCUAUCUUGAUAAUCCAUCCACAGGUUUUGCUGCGAAGUUUGUUCAUACAUCUCUGAACAAAAAUCGUUGUUCAAUUAAUCGUGUUUUGAUUCGUAUGUGGCAGCAGGGUUCGAGGGACAGAACAGUGUUACAACCUACCCCAGCAGCAGCCAUCGAUAUGUUGCCCACAGUUGCCUAUCUUGAUAAUCCAUCCACAGGUUUUGCUGCGAAGUUUGUUCAUACAUCUCUGAACAAAAAUCGUUGUUCAAUUAAUCGUGUUUUGUGGACUCCUAGUGGGAGGCGUCUUAUAACAGGCUCUCAAAGUGGGGAAUUCACUCUUUGGAAUGGGCAGUCAUUUAAUUUUGAGAUGAUAUUGCAGGCUCAUGAUCAAGCAGUCAGGUCUAUGGUAUGGAGUUACAAUGAGAACUGGAUGGUCACUGGUGACGAUGGUGGCGCAAUAAAGUAUUGGCAAAACAAUAUGAACAAUGUGAAGGCCAAUAAAUCUGCACAUAAAGAAUCUGUCCGUGACUUAAGCUUCUGUCGGACAGAUUUGAAGUUCUGCUCCUGCUCUGAUGACACUACUGUUAAAGUUUGGGACUUUGCUAGGUGUCAAGAAGAGCGCUCAUUAUCUGGUUUGGCAAUUGGCAUCAAGAUGUUGCCCACAGUUGCCUAUCUUGAUAAUCCAUCCACAGGUUUUGCUGCGAAGUUUGUUCAUACAUCUCUGAACAAAAAUCGUUGUUCAAUUAAUCGUGUUUUGUGGACUCCUAGUGGGAGGCGUCUUAUAACAGGCUCUCAAAGUGGGGAAUUCACUCUUUGGAAUGGGCAGUCAUUUAAUUUUGAGAUGAUAUUGCAGGCUCAUGAUCAAGCAGUCAGGUCUAUGGUAUGGAGUUACAAUGAGAACUGGAUGGUCACUGGUGACGAUGGUGGCGCAAUAAAGUAUUGGCAAAACAAUAUGAACAAUGUGAAGGCCAAUAAAUCUGCACAUAAAGAAUCUGUCCGUGACUUAAGCUUCUGUCGGACAGAUUUGAAGUUCUGCUCCUGCUCUGAUGACACUACUGUUAAAGUUUGGGACUUUGCUAGGUGUCAAGAAGAGCGCUCAUUAUCUGGUAAUGUCCCUCAAAUGUCAAAAUGGAUAUACAAGGAGCUUAUUGGCCCCAAAUCUUGGCAAUACUUGACAACAACUAUGUUGCCCACAGUUGCCUAUCUUGAUAAUCCAUCCACGGGUUUUGCUGCGAAGUUUGUUCAUACAUCUCUGAACAAAAAUCGUUGUUCAAUUAAUCGUGUUUUGUGGACUCCUAGUGGGAGGCGUCUUAUAACAGGCUCUCAAAGUGGGGAAUUCACUCUUUGGAAUGGGCAGUCAUUUAAUUUUGAGAUGAUAUUGCAGGCUCAUGAUCAAGCAGUCAGGUCUAUGGUAUGGAGUUACAAUGAGAACUGGAUGGUCACUGGUGACGAUGGUGGCGCAAUAAAGUAUUGGCAAAACAAUAUGAACAAUGUGAAGGCCAAUAAAUCUGCACAUAAAGAAUCUGUCCGUGACUUAAGCUUCUGUCGGACAGAUUUGAAGUUCUGCUCCUGCUCUGAUGACACUACUGUUAAAGUUUGGGACUUUGCUAGGUGUCAAGAAGAGCGCUCAUUAUCUGCAGAGCCGUAUGAUUGUCAGACUGUAGUCAAUGUACAUGGGACUCUCUUUGGGUAUUGGGAACAGAAAAUACAUUUAGGGCAGUGUGUUGGAAUGUUCGUUGGGAUGCAUCUCCUAUAUGAAGACAAAACUGAUGUCCAGACUAGUUUCUGA